UACUGCUUGUAACGAAGCAGCCCCUUAACUCCGGUUCUACUUUCUGGGAGACUGGGACUCCGAUUCUCUCUCUACCUCGUCCCGACGAUGUUCUCGCCGGCGGCUCGCCUCGUGACCAAACGCUUUCAUGGCAUUCGUCAAAUCCUCCGUCAAUCUCCUGCAGUCUCAGCCGGAGGCGCUGGAACCUCCAGAUCCUACUCUACUGCUUUAAAUUAUCACAUUGAUUCCCCCGACAACAACCCUAACGCUCUAUGGGAGUUCAGCGCAUCCAAUAUGGAGAGGGUCAAAGAGAUACUUUCACACUAUCCUUCAAACUACAAGCAAUCUGCUGUUAUUCCUUUAUUGGAUCUUGCGCAGCAACAGCAUGGUGGAUGGAUUCCUGUUUCUGCAAUGAAUGAGAUUGCAAGGGUAGUUGAAGUUGCUCCAAUUCGUGUAUAUGAAGUUGCUACAUUUUACUCAAUGUUCAACCGGACAAAGGUUGGUAAAUAUCACCUGUUGGUUUGUGGCACAACACCAUGCAUGAUACGUGGGUCACGUGAUAUAGAAGAGGCUUUGCUAAAACACCUUGGAGUGAAGCGUAAUGAGGUCACUAAGGAUGGUUUGUUUUCUGUUGGAGAAAUGGAAUGCAUGGGUUGCUGUGUAAAUGCUCCGAUGAUUGCUGUGGCUGAUUACUCAAACGGAUCUGAAGGAUUCACAUAUAAUUAUUACGAAGACCUUACUCCCAAACGAGUUGUUGAGAUUGUUGAGAUGCUAAGGAGAGGAGAAGCUCCUCCAGUUGGGACACAAAACCCAAAUCGAAUUAGAGGUGGACCUGAAGGUGGCAAUACCACAUUGCUUGGUGAGCCAAAACCUCCACCAUGUAGAGACCUGGAUGCCUGCUGAAUGCUCUUCCCAUUUAUUAAGUUAACAAAUUAUAAGAGAGGGAUAGAGAAAGAGAGAGCUUCCUGUUUAACCACUUUCUAUUGGUUUACAAGGUACUUGACAAUUAACCUGCUCUCUUUUCUGUACCCUGUUGAAUUUGAUAGUCGCAUGCAGUAUUGCAUUUGCUAUUCAAAUCUACUGUGCUUCUUGAUGCAUGUGUAUGUAAUAAAAGAAAACAAAUUGGAUAAGACUGCCCUGAUACAUACAAGGCAUUUGUUCAACAUAAGAAACAUUUAGCACAUAAAAUUCGCAUUCGAAGCACAAGUCAGGUCUCUUGUCGUGAUAAAGCAUUGUAGUAAUGAUCAUGUAAUGAUUAAAUGCAUGUGGACAGAGAUUUGUCUUACACUUCAAAUACAUUUGUGUGUAGCAGAUAUGGAAA